CCCUAUCCCCCGGCCGGGUUCUCCGGGCGCGGCGCCGCAGCGCGGCGGGGCCAUGGCCGACAGCAGCGCGGUGCCGGCGGUGGGGAUGUCGUUGCCGCGGCUGGAGAAGCCGAUCAAGCAGGCGUUCUACAACACCGGGGCGCUGCUGUUCGCGGGGCUGUGCUGCGGCGCGGCCGUGCUGGUCUACUUCAUCCUGGAGGCCUUCCUGCGGCCGCUGCUGUGGGCCGUGCUGUGCGGCACCUUCCUGCACCCCUUCAAGAGCUCGCUGACGGCGCUGGGGCGGCGCUGGCUGGGGCGGCUGCAGCGCUCCCGCACGCCCGUGCUGCUGGCCGCGCUCCUUCUGCCCGUCUGCUUCGCCGACUACGGCGUGGAGGCGCUGGGCGAGCAGGCGCUGCGGCGGCGGCGGCUGCUGCUGCUGCUGGGCGCCGGCGGGCCGCUGCUCUACGGGCUGUACAGCCUGGGCAGCUCGCUGGGCGCGCAGGUGCUGCUGGCCCAGGCGGCCCGGCUCAUCUGCCGAGGGCUGGACUGCUUCAGCAGCCAGUGGAUAUGGACCUUGGUAGUUGGUUACCUGCUGGUGGUUUCAUUCAAGUGGAAUAUAAGCACCGAACGUUACUUAAAAGCAAUCUCUGUCCCAGUAUGGAUUAUGCUGCUCUUUCACCUAGCUUCUGUGGCAGGUUCCUGGAGAAUUCCUGUGUUUCUGGUUAUAGUUGUUCUGAUGACUGUAGGCAUGUUGCAUGAACAGCACAAUGGAAAGGAGUCUUCUGGCACAGAGCUUCCUGGUCAGAUGUUUUCCAUUGCUGCUUCGACUAUUGCCAUGGCAAUUUCAAUGACAGAAGAUGAGUCCAGUGGUGAACAUUCCUCGCAACCCUCAGGAGCAACAGAAGGUGAUCAGCCUCCACAUGCUUCGUCAUCUUUAUCCUCCUCUUCAUCCCCUUCUGGAAGCAGACAAAGACCUGAGAUUGGAUCUUUUCUUAGAAAAAAGAAAACCAGUGACAUUUACUUUGUUACGCUUGUGUGGGCCAUUGUCAUUGUCCAGAUCUGGCUAAAUUUCUGGAUUGUGCAGCUAUUGCCAGUGCCUUUUGCAGUUUGGGCACUUAAAAAACUUGUGGUUCAUUUUGGAGUUCUGACCUUCAUGGCAAGCCAUUGCAAAAGUUGGUGGCAAUUUGUUGAAAAUUUUGUGAAGGAACGUCAGGAAGCUCUUGCUCCAUGGCCAAUCAGAGGGCUUGGAAGAGUCAUGCUAAAGCUUGACAGUAAGCUGUGGCACUGGCUUAAUAAGAAGAUGAUCGUGUGGUUGGAGAAAAUGCUAGAUAAAAUAAUAAGCAUUUUCAUAAUAUUUUUGCUAGUGAUAGGAACUCUUCUGCUAGCCCUGCUCCUUACUGCAAAGGUACAUCAAGAGAGCGUUCACAUGAUUCAAGUCACAAGCAGCUUGAUCAAUGAGACAGUAGCCAGUCACCCAGAAUGGGCAAACUGGCUCCCAGAAGCCCAGGUUAUUCAGAAGGCACUCAAUUCAGCAGCUAAUAAUGUAUACCAAUAUGGCCGAGAAUGGAUUACACAUAAGCUCCAUAAGAUUUUAGGAGAUAAAGUGAAUAACACCGCUGUGAUUGAAAAACAAGUGCUAGAGCUGUGGGACAGACUUUAUCACUCUUGGUUUGUGAAGAAUGUAACACAUUCUGGAAGACACAAAGGUCACAAAUGGCACAUAAACCGUCAAAACAGCUGGCUUGGUGAUAUUCUGGACUGGCAAGAUGUUGCAUCAUUUGUUCAUGAUAACAUCGAAACAUUUCUUUCAAUCCUGGAGUCCCUGUGGAUAGUGAUGAGUCGCAAUGUGAGCCUCUUGUUUACUACAGUUACAACAUUAGUGACAAUCCUUUUCCACAGCGGGACAGCUCUUCUCAAUUUUGUGCUUUCAGUGGUAAGUAAUAUGUCAGUAAUAUGUCAUUCAUUUACAUGGUCUUUUUACUGAAAGAACUUGACUGCACAUGUUGUAACAAUGAAAAACCAAACCUAAAGCACUGAAAAUACCUUCUAACCUUAUCUGCCACCAAAACCUUAAUUUUGCACCUACCAAAUCUAUUGGUUUGGGAGGCGUUCUAGCCAAUGGGCAACAUUUGUGUAACUUUUACAUUAAGAAGCUGGCAGACUUCCUGUAAUUCUGUCACGGAGAACUCUUGUUUCUGUCUUUGAAGAUACUUGUGAUAUCCUGCAUAACUACAGAAGUCUUCUGGAAUGUCUUCAUAAGCGUAUCUUUAAGCAAGCCAAUAGUCUCAUAAGAGGUGAAAAAUUGUUAGAGGGAAAUGUCAGCAAAAGUAUUUUUAUUUCACAGGGAUUACCUUAUAUUCUCUUUUUUUAAGGAAGUGUCUUCAGCACAUCUGUGGAAGGGAGGUGAUGUGUU